GGCCUCCUCCCUCACCGCCUCCGGCGUCGCCGCCACGCCGAUCCCACCAUGUCCAUGGACGACGGGAGGGGCUCGCACCCCUGCCUGUCCCAGUUAGAUCUGGACGAGCGCGCGGCCGCCGAUGCAGGAAAGGUGGGCGGGGGAGGCUCGCAUGGCGAGAACGGUGUCCACAUACCCGCCACGCAGAUCCUCAACCGCCCGGUCUCCAUCCCCCCAAGGUAUAAGGAGAAUGAGAACUUGCUUGUCUCGCCAGUGGAGACUCCCUUGCCAGAGGAGCCAAAGCAACACCAUCAUUCUCAAGUUGCGGUCUCACGUGCUGCUUCAAAGGGGAGAUAUGCAAGGUUUAGGGAGAAUUUGCAUGUCAUGCCAGAGGCGACAAAGCAACACCAUCAUUCUGAAGCUGCCAUCCCAUGCGCCAUUUCAAAGCACAGGAGUAAAGCUGGUUGGAUGUCCAAGGAGAGGAGCACCCCUGAAGGUAUCGACUUGGAGAAACAUGCUCGUAUGUUUGAGUUCCCUUUACGUGACCCCCCAAGCAAUCCUUCCCUGCUAUUGGAAAUUUUCUCUGGACCUCAAGUUGUAAUGAAAAAGAGGAAACCUCCGGAGGUGAGGAACGCGCUCCGUGAAAGAAGAGUGACGGCCAGACAAAGGGUUGCACGUAAUCAUGCCGAGGUAGCCCUGCGUAAAUACAACAGAGCGAACAACACAAAGUUUGAGCUGGUGGAGAUACGAGAAAUCUCGAUAUUUUUUGAGUUUGGAGGGGGCUGCGUCCACUAUAACUUCACAGCUAAGCAGCCCGAGGAUCAUGAUGAUUCUGCUGAUGCUGGCAGCACCAAGCUAUUCUUCUCUGAAGUCGACUACCCUUUACGGAGUGAGAACGAUGUGUUGUUGUGCUGUAUAGUUGGGGAAAAUGACGCAGGCCAUUGCUAUGGUUGCGAAAACUACCGGCCUGUCGUUCACCCAAGCAGCCAAGCGUACGGCGGUGGUAGCAGCACCUGUAUUGAGUAUCCUUGUUCAGACGGCGAUAGCACGGACAGCGACUAGUACUGAAGCCUAGUGGUUAGUGCUGGCUUGCGUGGCUAAAUCUUCUUUAGUGUCACCGCGUGCCCUCGUGAGAAUUAACUUUUGGUUGGAGUAUCUUUUCCUGAGAAUUAACUUUUGGUUGGAGUAUCUUUUCCUGCCAUCUCUUCUAGUGAUGUAUAUAUAUAAAGCGUACAACGAUGCAUAUAUGAACUUGAGAAAUGUCGACAUGCCAUGGAAACCCGAGUUUUAAUAGAAUGUUGCGUGUUACUGGAUUA